AUGGCAGAUAUAAAAGUGGUUGCUAUUGUUGUUGGUGUUGCUUUAUUAUCAAUUACCAUUUUAUCAUUGAUUAUAUCCAGUGCUGGCCGACUUAAUACAGAUGAAAUUGCUUUACAUUAUAAUGCAAUUACAAAACAUCUUGGUCGAGAAGUGAAAUCAUCUGGUUUAGUUUUUGGUUCACCUGGUAUGACACUUAUUAUUUUUCCAAGUGUAUUUACUUCAAUGCAAUGGAAGGAUAUAUCAUGUCUUAAUCGAGAUGGUGUUUCGAUUAGUCUUGAUGUAACAUUACAAUUUCAAGCUGAUCCGAAAUAUUUACAUGAUGUUGUUGUACAAUUUGAAGAUUUUGAUGGAUAUAAAAAAAUUCUCCAUGCAACAGGUGAAGCAGCUAUUCAUGAUACAUGUGCACAUUUUAACACAACUGCAUUUCAAAGUAUGCGAGGUUAUUUUCAAGUUAAAUUAUUAAAAGAAAUGAAAGAUACAUUAAGUCCAUUUUAUACUAUUCUUCGAGAUUUACAAGUGAAUAAUGUUCGUCGACCAUCAGAUUUUGAAAUGGCUGUUAAAGAUAAAGAAGCAGCAAAAGAAAAUAUAAAAAUUGCUGAAAAUGAACGACCAAAAUUCUUAACACAAGCACGUACUGAAUAUCAAAAAGCAUUAAAACAAGCUCAAAUUAUUGAUGAACGAGCUGAUACUGAUAGUAAUAUUAUUCGAAAUCAAGCUGAUGCCGAAGCACAAGCUGUUCGAGCACGAUAUUCAACUGAAACAGAUACCUAUAUCGAAUUAAAACGAAAGAUGCGAUUGGAUGUUGAAGCAUUAUUAACAUAUAUGGCUAUUCAAACAAUUGGAGCAUCAAAACAUGAUGUUUAUAUCAAUUUAAAAUCACCUGCACAAAUCAAAUAUGAAUUAUAA